GCGCCGCAGCUCCUCCCAGCGCGAGCUCUUGGCCAGUUUGACGGCGUCCAGGCGCUUGCUCGCCAUGGCGCUGCGGUCACUCGGUCACUCGAUGCUGCCGCUGCUGGCGGAGAUCCUCGACUGUAGGUAUGUACGCGGGGCGGGGCGGGGCCGAGCUGAGCUGAGCUGGCGGGGGACUCGAGGCCUCGACUCACGUGCGGACGACGGAGCCACGAGGCAGCGAGAUGCUGGGUUUAGUAUGGAAGGGGGCGGCUCGCAAAACGAAAUGGUACAGUAUUUGCCUCACUAAAGAGGGCAUAGAAAAUAGUAACCUGUUGUAGUAGAUUCAUGAAUAACAAACAUUGUUAGUUAUUUGCAACCCCUUACCUGAUUACCUUGGACAGUCGAUACAUAUCAGGACUUCAUUAGUGAAAAAAUACUGUAGUAAGAAACGUGGCCUCCGGAGCUGUCCUCGCAGUGAAGACGCCGCCCGCCGCACGCAGUGUCCGCAGAGAGCGUGCGCACAGCACGGCAUGACGGCGUCACUGUAGUUUGUUGAGCUCGGUGUGGCGUCGAUGGCGGCCAGGAUCCGCAGUUGACCAAACUGGUAAGAGACCCAAUAUCUUGUCAUACGACGCCGCCGAGCUCAAGUGAUGUAAAUCCAUCCACACCUUCGCUGCUGCCAGGCUCGCAACUCUCAGCUGCGAGCUCCCAUUGCGCCAGACGCAUUGCUGCAGCCUGCGGGCAUUGCCACCGCCGCUGUUCAAUUGACCGCUUGGGCGGGCCGCUCUCCUUUUCUCUGCGCUUUGCUAAUCAGCGCGGGCGAGUCGCAGUUCCCAUGAAACGGAUUGCUCAGGCAGCAAUCGCACUUAGGCGCAUCGUCACUUGGUGGGGUCAUGUUUAACCAGACCUGCUAGCUAGCAUUCCAGGAAACGCCUCACUCGGUCAACGCUGGCCGGCCACGCCCCCGUCCCCGCGCUAGGCGCCCGAGUCCAGUGCGCGCCCGUGCACCCCUCGCCCACCGCAAAGCUCGCCGCCAUGGACGCCGUGGAGACGGAGGCCGACGGCUCCGACCCCAUGGAGCUGCUGCACGUCCGGCGCCACGGCCAGCGCGAGAGCUUCACGCGCUACCGCCUGCAGGAGACGCUGAUGCUCAUGGGCUGUCGGCCGAAAGACGCCGUCACCGUCACGCAGGAGGUCUUCGCCGUGUUCGCCAAGCACGUGGCCAGCGGCGAUGGCCAUGUCAUCAUCAUCAUCAGCAGCAGCAACAGUGGUAAUGGCAACAACAGCGACGAGGAGCGCGAGAAGCAGCAGCAGCUGGAGGAGGAGCGGAAGCUGCCGGUGGCGCUGCCCUGGCACCUGCUGCACCAGUGCAUCUACUCGUCGCUGGCCAGACUGGACUACGUCAAGCCGCACCACCUGCUGGACUUUGAGGUGGCCAAGGAGAUCACGCAACGGAAUCAGUCCUUCGCGGUGCUGCUCGGAGGCACGUCGGGCACGGGCAAGUCCACGUUGGCGUCGCUCUUGGCGGCCAGACUGAGACUCACGACGGUGCUGCCGACCGACUCGGUGCGGCACGUGCUCAGAUCCUUCACGUCCAAAGAGGAGAACCCGUGCGCGUUCGUGUCCACGUACCAAGCUGGCGACGCCCUGUCGCCCGAGAUGGUGGCGGCGAUCCAGGGAGAUCGAGGGGACAUGUCGGCUGCGAGACUGCACAAGAAAAUGGUGCUGAAAGGCUACAAGAUGCAGUCGGGCCUGGUGCUGGAGAAGCUGGAUCGCGUGCUGACGAUGUUCGAGGAGCGCAAGCAGUCGCUUGUGGUGGAAGGCGUGCAUCUGAACACGGACGACCUGCUCACGCUGGUGAAGAAACAUCCGACGUGCGUGCCGUUUGUGAUUUAUAUCAGCAAUGAGAACAAACAUCGCGAGAGGUUCGCGGUGCGUGCGCGCCACAUGACGAUUGACCCGCAGGAGAACAAGUACAUCAAGCACUUCGACAACAUCCGCAUCAUUCAGCGCCACCUCUGCAAGCACGCUGAUCGGUGUCUCAUCCCCAAGAUCGACAACACCAACGUGGAUCGCAGUAUUGCCACCAUCCAGAGCACAUUGGUGCGUGUGCUGCGCAAGCUGGAUCGAGGAGAGAAGCUCGCGGAUGAGAAGAUUGGCAAGUUUGUCAUGCUGUCGCGAGAGCACGAGAACUCCAUCAAGAAGGCCUGGUCCAGUAAAGGUGUGCGGAAAGCCAUGCGUCCUCUGCUCAAACAAAAGGUGGCCAAGCGGCUACUGCUGCGUCGGCUUCUUGCUGAGCAGAAUAUGGAUACUUUUGGGGUCCCAGAUCCCCAUCAGGGGGAGGAUUCGUCCAGCAGUGAAGAGGAGGACGACGAAGACACCGGCCGAGAAGCAGAUGACGAAAGGAAUGCUGAUGAGGACGACGAAGAUGAGCAGACGACGGUCGUGGGGAGUUUGCUCAGCGGUACAAACACAAGGGAUCAUUCGUUUACUGUAGGGCAAGCGUCGCCAAUGGCCCCCCAGGGACAAGCGACGCCAACCCGCGUGGCUGCGCAGAAACGAAUGUUCCUGGACGAGAUUGAAGAGCACGCGGCUGGCACAAGUGACAAUGCCCGAUUGAUGCGCUCGCUUUCGCAGGCGAUCCGCCAAGCUGCGGUCUGGCGUGCAAGCCAACCUCUGACAAACUACACAGGCUGGGAGUCCCACGUCCCGCCGCCCAGUCCUGAAGCGACUUUUUCGGAUGUUAUGGAGAACAUGCCAGGUUUCGCGGCAGCGGUCGAGAAGCGAAAGCGAGCGUCAUGGAACUUUGAAGAGCGGCGCAAGUCGUGGAUGGCUGGAGACCAACCCGCAGACGCGCCCAAGAGUCUUGCUGCUCAAAUGGGCGCCAGCCGGACCCCACCUCCAAGCGCCUCACGCCAGUUCAAGGCGUUCAUAGAGAGCCAACGCGUUGAGGGAGAGGCUCAGCUACAGAUGCAGCGCACACAUCAACAGCUUCAGCAGCAGCAAGUGCUUCCUGUGUCUCACCAGCUUCCACCGAUCGGAAGACGGACAAAGGCGCUUGCUCGGAGGGUGCAGUCCUUGCCCCCCGAACAACUACAGGAUAGCUCCAGCAGCCUGGACUUUGACUUCGACAGCGUGUCGAUGGCGGAUGCGAAUGAGGAUAUGGACCAUGUUUCGCAGACGUCGUCCCCACGAGAUGGAUGUAAGUGCUGUUGCAGCGGAUAAUGACAGGGGGUCUCUUGUGUGUACUAACUAACCUGCUGUGCGCACAGGCGUAUCACCACUGGAGCACAGUUAUGCCGACACUGACAGCCACUUCGAGGUCAGCUCGCAGAGCUCUAUUGAGUGAUCGAUGAUUUAUUGAUACAGAUCGUCUCUAACCUGCUAAAAUGAGAUUAAACCAAAAUGACCCUCUUCGUCCGUCUAUCAUCUAUAGCUGCUUCUGGUGUUGUGGCGGCGAUGGCCUCACCAUGGCGCGGUAGCGAAUGUACGAGAACGAGUACGCACCAAUGAAGGAUAGCGCGACUCCGACGAAGUUGGCGGUGUGAGUGGGUGCGUCGUUGAAUAGGAGAUAGCCGCCGAUAGUGGCGAUCAAGUCCUUGAUGUUCCCCGUCACUGACGUAGUGAGCGCAGAGGUGCGUAGCGUACAGAGCUGCACCGAAAACUGGUACAGCACGCACAUGCUGCACAUGAUGACCAUCCCCGCGAUGAAUCUUGCAUCACCCUAGUACGGGAAUGCCAGCACCUCGUCGCGUUCAAAUAUGAACCCGAGCACGGAGCAGCACA